UGUUCUGAUUUUUGUGUUUUGUUUUUUAUUUUUUGUUUGUAAUUAUAAAUUUUUCUUUGAAUGACAUUCUUUGUGGAUCCAGUUUUUCCCUCCUAACCGGAUUAAUUACUUAAUUUAAGUUAUAGAAAUUAUGAUUGUGGUUAUUGUUGUCAUAUGAAAUGGGAAAUCAUAAUUCCCACGGGACGCGUCCAUCUUUGAAUCAACAGCAACAGUUACAUCAACAAUGGGCGCAUUCAUUUCCACGCGAUCUUCAACGCGUACCACAUCUAAAGGUUUUACCUGAAGAUGGUCUCAGCCAACGUUUACGAUCAACUGACAAUGGUGCAAUUCUUACUGCAGAAGGCACAAUUCGUGGUAGGCGAAAUAGUUUUCGAACGAGAGAUUUAGACGAUCCACAAGAACAUGUUGGAGUAUAUCGAACACGCAGUAUUCAUGAAGCUCAUCAUAAUUUUGGAGAAUUUCAAAGACCUCAUCAAAUGUACAGAGAUGAUAGUCAAUUUGCUAUGCAAGCAAAACGAUUUGGCUCAGAACCUGAUUUAAGAAUUCCAAACACUAAUAAUCAUUCAGCAUCAAAUAUAGAAGGUUUCGGUGCAAAAAGUCGAAUAUCAAGGGGUCGAAAAAAGUAUAAAGCUCCAGCUCCACCACUAGUAGGUUCUACAGGGGAAGGUUCAUCACCCGAUAGUUAUCAUUGGGAAUUAACAUCAGGUGGAGAUACGUCCGAUAGUGCAGCACCUCAAAGGAAAUUGCGACUAUUUAAAACGAGAGCUGAAACACAUCGACAUUCAAUGCAAUUAAAUGGACGAACGUCAAAUGAAUAUAAAGAAGACAUACGAGAAAAAUCUCAUUUACCAAUUAUUCGAACAAAUGGCCAUAACAAUAGUAACGAUGUUAUAUUUGAUUCCCGAAACUCUCAUAUUAGAAAUCGUAACUCAUUAGAUUUAGAAAAACGGGAGGAAAGGUAUACGAGAAGUAGUGAACGAUACGAGGAUAAGAAUGACGGAGGUGUAUUAAUUCGAAGUCGAGAUCGUGAGGUUGAUGUUCGAAAAUCGCAUCGAAAUUCAGCACCUCCCGUAAUGCACCGAAGCUUAAGUUCACCAGAAUUCCAAGCAGAGCUUCGAGCAGUAACACAAAAAUUACGAGUAAUUGAUCGAAGCAAAUUUGAACCAAUUGAGAAUAAACCUUUAGAAAAAAUCUCAGAAAACAAAAAUCGAAAUAUAAAAGAUGUGAAAAAUCGACGCAAAGCUCCAGACACCAAACAAACAAAAUCACGAGAGACAAAAGAAAGUAAAAUGAUUACCAUGGACCAUCAUAACAUUUUAGCGAAACAACGGCUAAUUAAAGGUUUUAAAGAAAAUAUUGAGAAAAAACAGACAGAAGAGCAUGGAAAAGAAGAUAAUCGUUCAAAGUACAACCGAACGUUAUCACAAGAAAGUGAAACAACAGAAAAUAUAAGCCGUGGGCAAGCAUCAGGAAAAGAAAGUACACCAGAACAAUCACCCACACGUAAAACAGAAGUACGAAAAACUUCCGAUGAAUUUAAAACGCCUGCAAAAACAUUUUACUUUGGAAUGGACACAGUUGAUUCUACGAUGCCAGCACAGGAAACUGCAAAAUUACCCAAUGGCAAUGAAAAAUUGCCACCAUAUAUAUUAGAUAAACCAACUCAAGUGCCUAUUAUUAGCCCGUACAAAAUACAACGGCAAAGUUCAUCUGAAUCAGCAUUAUCAAGUGAACCAGAUUUAGAUGACACUCAAACAAAUAGUCAGCAUGAUAUCUCAAUGCAUUUGAGACCAACAUUACCAAAAAAGCAAUUGGAUAUACCACGAUUUUCACCAGCAACAGCUUGGAGAUUAUUGUCAAUUGUAGAUACUACAAACCAAAAUAACCAUUUACAUGACAAUGAUGAAGUACCGGUUCUUAUCGAAGAGAGAAUUGAAAGAUUAGCUCGACCAACACCAAAUAUACCUCUAUUAGGGCAACGUUCAAGUCAUGAUAAAAGUGGAGACUCUGGAAUUUCCGGUGAUGCUGGGCCAGCAUUAAUGGAAGACAUUUCAGAUCCGCCGUUACCACCAAUCCCACAUUCCAAGAAUCAACAUUCACCGCCAACAACGAGACCUCCCAUAGUUGCAUGGACACCGCAACAAGAUUUAGAAGAAGAGGCAUCGAGUUCAGAUGGUGGUCUAGAUAUUCUUAAAGACACACCAACCGAUGUAAAAUUUCAUGCUAGAAAUCAUGUAUUUAGUUUGUCGUUACCAAGAGAAAGUCAUUUAGCACAAUAUGCUGAAAGUGACAAAGUUGCUAGAUCUUCGCAAGGAUUUAAUAGUUUACAAAAACUACGACGCUCAUUAGGUGCUGCAUUAAGUCACAAGACAAGAAUCAGUGGGGAAUCACCAACAGAUGUCGAUGACAAUUGGUUUUUAAGUACGUCUGCACCCAAUUCAUUAAAUCAUAAUUCACCAAUGUAUAGAUUAUCAAGGACGCAUAGCGAGGACGAUGAAAAACAUAUGACAUUAGACAAAGAACCAACCAUGUUAAAAUCACCAUCAUACACAUACCUAGCAAAUGGUGGUCAUGUGAUGUAUUUACCUUCGAUAGAACCAGAGAAACCAGAAAAAUCUACAAACUAUAACAAUGAUGAAAUGAUGUCGAAAGUAGAAUUAAGAAGUAAAAAUAGAUAUUCAGAAAAUAAUAAAUACCGUAACGAACGUGGACAAUCAAUUGAAAUACCUUGUCGAAAAGAAUUUGGUUUAGCAUUAAAACGCAUGCCAAUUUCAAAAUCAUGUGAAAACAUUUCAAACGAAAUGAAACAAAUUAAUCGAACACCAUCCCCAACCAGAAAACAACAAUCGCAUGUAUUGGACAUGAUUGAGAAAAAACAAAAUAAAGCGGGUAAAAUGAAACGUUUUACAUUCCAAAGUACGGUACGUCAAAUUGAACGAAAACGUAUUGCUGAACGAUUAUCAAAAGAAGCGGAACGUAAAGAACGUCAACGUAAAAGUGAGCUAGAAGCCAUGCGCCGAGUAGAGGAAGAAUUCCAAAAGAAGCGUGCACGAGAAAAAGCAUCGAUUCGUCAACAAUUACGAUUGUAUUCUUUAGAUGAAAAUAAUAAAAAUCAAUCGGGUAAUUGGGAAGAAUCACAGUUACGAUCAGAACCAGAUGGGGCAGUCUCGUCAUCACCAGCUCCAUCACCAACCAAUCAUAAUCAAAAAUUAUUUGCUAAAUCCAAAGACACCAAAACACCGUAUAUAAGCAAAUUAGUUGAACAGAAAAUGAGCAAAUCUCAACGUGAAAGGGAGCGAAGUAAUAAUAUGGAAAAUAUGUCACGAUCAUCAAAACGAUCCGAUAAUUUUGAGUCAAAUCAUAAACCAAGCCCAGAAGUAUCCAAACGAAUCAUCAAGAAUGAUCAUCGUUCUAGUCCAAUAGCGAGAGGUAGUGAUGAUGGUAGAAUCAAAACGGAAAUUUUAUCAGAAUAUCGGCAACCAACAAGAGAAUAUCGAGAUUACCGUGGUUUAUCAACUCGAAUCUCGAAUACUUUAGACAGUCCAAUAGAGCAUCAAACAACAGUACACCCACAGGUUGUUUACAAUAUGCCAAAAGCAUCCCAUGGCAAAUCUUAUCAUGAAGUUUGUGCAGUUGAGGGCAGUGUCAGUCCACAUUCCGACAAUUAUCGGCGAGAUUUUGCUCAUGGAGCUGUACCUACCAGUUCUGAUUCAGAGCUCUCCCAACCAAACACAAGAUCACAUUCACCACGACACCUGCCUCGGCUCAGAGCUAGAUCUGCAAGUCCAGAAUUUGAGACCGAAGCAAAUCAAAUCAACAUAACACCAACAACGUCUGAUGAAUAUGAUUUAGAAAAUACUCACUCUAGUACAAUCAUAGAAAAAUCAACCGAGAAUAAUAUAAUGGAUGAUGAAAAUGAAAAAUUAGACAUUAAUGAAUUUAUCCAAUCAAAAAAUAAUAAUGUUAUGGUAUCAGAAACAUUUACAUACUUUAAUCCACAGCCAUUUGUUGCUGGAAAAUGUUUUAAACCUGUGACAUUUCAAGCAAAAUAACAAUUUUUAAGUUACCUCACAAAAUGUAUUAUUUGUAUUGUGUAUAUAUUUAUAUUAUAGCAUAGAAAAUAUAUUCGGUAAUCAUUUAAAAAAAUGUACAGGGUGAUUCAAUAGUACACUGACACACUUCGAGCAGUGGUUUGCAAUAGAAGAAGCAAAAAACUUCAUAUGACCUAAAACUUUUCAUUUCCAAGAUACGGGGUGAUAAAGAUCUUUGGAAACGCAUCUCCAAGAGUGAAUUUUUGACGUCCUGUGCGGCAAUGUACUUUCGCCAAGGUUAACUUCGUCGCCUCAGAUGUCACGGAAAUCAUUGUGCAAAAUUAAAAAGUAUGGUUCAAAAAGUUGAGCGCCAGAGCUUUCUUCAAAAUGUUUCAUUUUGUUGGGAUGAUUCAAAAUUCGAUCCUGUGUCAGAAACAAGAAAUUGAUGCAUAUACAGUAUGUAGAUUGUGAUCUAGAAAAAGCCUCAACUGAAUCAGUCUGUACAUUCAAACGUUGAGUUUGUUUUGACGUGAUCCUUGGCUUCCACAAUUCCUUGCCGUACUCUGUAUCUCGAAAAUGAAAUGAUGCUUGAAAUCAUAUCGUUGAUAUUAAAUUUUUUGCUUCUAUUGAUACCAAAAACCAAUACAUUGAAGUGUGUCUGUAUAUUAUUGAGUUAUCCUGUGUAUACACAGUGUGCAAUGACAUAUGAUGUUGGUGGAGAGAAUAUGAAAUAAGGAAGGGAUAUAGAAUUGAUAGAAAAUUAAUUUAAGUGGUUCAAUUACCGCAUCUAGCGCCAUUGUAUAUUAUAUAUACAAACGUAUUUAUUUAGCUGUUACUUCAAUCCAUAAUUCAGCUUUUUUUUUGUUCUCGCCACCAAGAUCAAAAGCCAUAAGACUCCGUUGGAUUAUAUUAUAAAUUAUAUUAUAUAAAAACAAAAAACAAAAAACGCUCAAAUUUUUUAAGUCCAUGAAAAAACAGUCACUACAAACCUUGAUAAACUUUGGUACAGAAUUUUCGGAAAUUUUGGUAAACAUUUAAAAGUUCAAUUACGAUCCAAUAUGUUUUGUUAUUCAAAUUCCGAGUAAUCGAGUAAAAUGGAUACUGAAUCUGUAUGUAGUGUUAAAUUAAAACAAGUUUAAGUUUAAUUGAGUACUGAGACUUAUUUGACUCCAAUCACUUGUUAUAAAAAUAUUGAUACGUCAGUUAGUCAAAGGUUGACGUUACACCAGCAUUCCAUUUAUCAAUAAUCGAUUUUUCUAUAAAGACACAUGGAGUUUUAAUACUAACUAAGUAAUACUGAGCGAUUAAUUCGGCUAGACGCAGUCAAUAUAAUAUAUAAUUUUUACGUACGUCAUUAACAUGCCUCAAUUAUAUUUAAAGUUAACGAUAAUAAUAAGUUCAUACAAUAUUACCUCUACCCCUUGUCCACACCGUCAAUGGUGCUCAUUCAUUAAAAUAAUAGAAAUGUUCUGAAAAUUAACCAGCAUUAACCAGCAUGAAAUCAGCAUAGAAAAUUUUGACCGUUGAUGGGUUAAUUACUAAUACACGUCAACAUGUGCUGAUCAUACCGUACUGAAUUUCAAAAAACCCGUAUUAAUUCAUAAAACAUUUACAUUCAAAAAUAAUUGACUGUGUGAAAUCUUAGUACAUAUAAUUGCGAGCGUGAAGUCGGAUUUUUGAAUAGAAUAACAAUUUAAUUUGUAAAAUAUUUAAUGUUUAAAAUGUAUAUUUUUUAAAGAAAAUAAAUUAUAUAUAAAG